GUGCAGAGAAAGAGGUGUUAUUAGAGACUGUGCUCAAAUUGAGAAUUAACGGUAGUGUGGAGUGGACCGUAAUCUCGUUACAUAACCCGUCACUGAACGCGCCGUCCGUCGGUUCAUUGGCGUUAAUCCGUUAUUUCACUCCGCGAAAACACUUGUGGCAUUCGUCAGAGCGAGAGAACUUCGACACGUUUAGGUUUUAUCGUGAUUAUGAGAACUAAGAUCAUUUCACCGAGUCACUGUUAGAAGUAAGUGUUCUUUAUAGUGUAUAUGCUUCUUGUAUAUGUCCAGUAGUGUGGAGGUCGCUGACGCGGUUUCCAUCACAACGCCGGAGAGAGAGAGGAACAGGGGAGCCAAAGCGACCGAGAACCAGACUCACCCAUUUCCAAGCCGAAACUGACGAGUAUUUCCAAGGGUUUCCACGCGCCUCUUCAGACAUGGAGGCGGCGAGUUUGGCACAGGGGGUCGCGAGCCCGCUGAGCCCGCGCGAGGGCAUGAUCAAGAACGUGAGCCUGGAGUCGCUCCAGCUGUGUGAGAGGGACGGUAAAGCUGAAGACACUGGAGUGGUAGAAAUGGAGUUACCGGUGGCUCGCAACAUCAAAAUCAGUAACAUCACCUGCGACUCCUUUAAAAUCUGCUGGGAUGUGGAUCCACACAGCACAGAGAAGAUCACACAUUACUUCAUUGACCUGAACAAGAAGGAGAACAAGAACUCCAACAAGUUCAAACACAAGGAUGUGCCUACAAAGCUUGUUGCUAAGGCGGUUCCGUUGCCCAUGACAGUGAGAGGCCAUUGGUUCCUGAGUCCACGGACCGAAUACACAGUUGCCGUGCAAACAGCGUCCAAACAGACAGACGGAGACUAUGCUGUAUCAGAAUGGAGUGACAUUGUUGAGUUUUGUACAGCAGAUUAUUCCCCUGUGCAUUUGACUCAGCUGUUGCAGAAGGCUGAAGUCAUUGCUGGCAGGAUGCUCAAGUUCUCCGUCUUUUACAGGAAUCAGCACGAGGAAUACUUCCAACACUGCAGAGAUGUUCUUGGUGGCAGAAUGAUGCCCUCAGUGAAGGAUAAUAGCGGCAGUCACGGGUCACCAAUCAGUGGUAAACUAGAGGGCAUCUUCUUCAGCUGUAACACAGAGUUCAACACCGGUCAGCCACCGCAGGACUCUCCAUACGGCCGCUUCCGCUUCCAGGUGCCCGCUGAGGUUCUCUUCACCCCAGACACACGCCUUUACUUUGGGGACUUCUACUGCAUGUACACCGCCUAUCAUUACGUCAUCCUGGUCCUGGCGCCGCGGGGCUCCAAAGGAGACCUUUACUGCAGCGAGCGCCUUCCAGAGCUGGACGUGACCAACAACCGCUUUCUGAUGCGACUGUGCGGAGAGGACGGGCACGUGGUCUUUCAGCAUGCGCAGGAUGUGAUUCUGGAGCUGAUUUACACAGAGCCGCUGCCGCUAGCUCUGGGAACGGUCUCUCAGAUUAGCGGACACCAGCUCAUGAGCUUGUCCACCAUCAAUGCUAAGAAAGACCCCAGCUGCAAGACCUGCAACAUCAGCGUCGGCCGCUAGUUUGAGAGCAAACUCACAAAUACAGAACCAUUUGUGAAUAUAACAUCAAACCGUACUCAAGACGUCAUCAACAACUAAACAAACAAGCUUAGAAUGGCACAUAAUCACGAUGAUUACCAUGACAAACAGCCCCCUCUGGAUAUCACCACAUGGCACUCAAUUCCCUUGCUAAUGCUAGAUUUUUUUUAAGGUUGACUAAAUCGAGCAUUUGACAAAAAAAGUUAAUAAAUGAUCAUUUAAAAAAGUUAAUAUGAAAGAGACAAAAUCUAUGAAAGCCUGUUUCUGCUGAAUUAUUUAUUUAUUUAAAAAAAUGUAAUUGCACUUUUGUUCUUUUUUCCUCAUGAUUUUAAGUGAGUUAUGAGUUUUUCUCACAAUUCAGACAGCUAAUAAUUGCAAGAUAUGAAGACUGAAUUUGCGAAACAAGCAAUAAUUGUGAAAUAUAAAAUUGAAUUUGGGGAAAAAAGUAAAUUCAGUUUUACAUUUUUGCAAUUUUACAUUUAUCUCACAGUUCAAAGUUCAUAUUUCUUGCAAAAAUCUAAGUUUAAAAACAUUUUCAUAAUUCAGAUCUUUAUUUCUCAAAAUUCACAUAUGCUGAGGAAAAAAAUGUUUACAUUUUUCUUUAUUCUAAUUGCAAGUUUAUAACAUAAGAUUGCAAUAAAAAUACUCGGUACAUUUUGUUGCAAUUCGGAAUGCAAAGAUAACAGCAAAAUUUUUUUUUAAAUAAUUAAAUUGUAGUUUUUAUGUUACAGAAACAAACUUUCAUAUAAAACUGUAUUUUCUGCAAUAUAAGUCACUUUUUAAAAUCAUAUUAACCUUGCUGUUGCUUCUGUUUCAAAGAGAUUGUAAUGUGUGGUGGUCCAGUUUUCCUGGGUCUGCGCACCCUUAAUAGUGGCUGGUUAUAUAAAUUAGCUUAGGGUUGACAUUUACAGUGAAUGCUUCUGUAAUUUUAGCUUGUUUAAAAUUACUUCUGUUCUGAGUACUCUUCAAUUGUAAGGAUUUGUUGUGGAGUGAAGGGACCUAAAUGCAUAUUUAUAUUGUUUGUAAAUGUUUUGUUGUAUUUGGGGUACUGAAAGUACUUAGUUUACAUAAUUUCAGAAAGAAAGUCUUUAACGUGACUCAUACACCAAUGCAACUUUCUUCAACUUAUGCAAUUUCAACAAUGUGACUUAUCUUGCAGAAAAUACAGUAAGACAAAAAACACAGACUCAAAGCAAAAAAAAAGAAAGAAAAACUCAAGAGAAAAAAGAAAACUGAGCAAAACAAGUAAAAGCUAUAUUUCCAAAAAAAAAAAAAAAAA